AGAUCAGUCGGAGCGUGUGUGGAGCGUGUAUGUGUGUGUCUCCUGCGCUGUGCUGCAGUAGAGAGCCCUUCGCUCAGCCAACUGCUACUUCUCUGUGGAGGGCAUUGCAUCCUCCCUGCCUUUUUUUUGUUUUUCUUUCCUCACGUUUUUUUAAAUCAUGCUUGGAGUGCCUGAAUGAAAGCGGACGGAUCGAGGGGGGAAAGGACGAGACUAUGUGUGUGACAGAAGAGCAAAGCGUGCUGCAGUGAGUCAAACAGAAAAGAGUGAGAGCUCUCCACACCCAUGACCGUGUGCCUGUCUGUGAUCGAGUUAAACGCAGCCAAACGGACUUGUUCGUCACCUGACAGAGUCACAGUGCACAUUGUGUGGUGAGACCGAAGGUCCUCUUCAAUCAAGAUGGACUUGGGCAUCAUUAUGGUGUGUGCUGACCUGAGCUAAAGAUCUCCUUAUGGAUCAGCUAGAUUCAUGGUCUCCACCGCCGUACUUCGAUGAAGACAGCUACCCCUCCCCUCCCAGGAAUAUGAAAGGUUUAUCAAGCGGUCGUCCUCAGCUCACCUUCACAUCAGGACACACCUGUGGGCUGCCAGACUGCGAUCAGUCCCUCGACCACUUGCAGCAUGUCAGCCCUGAUUCCCGCUCUCCCUACCUGCUCAGUCCGACCGAGAGCUGCCCUCUGGAUCCACACCGCUGCUCGCCCCGCAGCUCCAUCCACUCCGAGUGCAUGGUGAUGCCCGUUUCUAUGGCAUCUGACCACGUUUCCAGCAGCACCUUUCCCAGAAUGCACUACAGUUCACACCACGACGGCUCGCGAGACGAAGGCUCCGCUUCUCACGGCGGUGGCGGCGGCGGCAGUGGAGGGGUCGGCAUUGGCGGUGGGGGUGGCGGAUCUGGAAAGAUGAAUCGAAUUCCCCCGAACCUCCUAGACCAAUUUGAGAAGCAGUUGCCAAUUCACAGAGACGGUUUUCACACUCUGCAGUACCAGCGCACGUCCGCAACCACCACGAGCAGUGAGCAGCGCAACGAGAGUCCCGGGCGCAUCCGCCACCUGGUGCACUCGGUCCAGAAGCUCUUCACCAAAUCCCACUCGCUCGAGGGGUCAUCCAAGAUGAACGGCACCAAGGGAGACUCUCGCUCAGACAGCGGACACCACCAUCACCACCAUCACGGACAUCACCAUGGGAACCACAAACACAGCAAACGGAGUAAGAGCAAGGACCGCAAGUCAGACUCCAAGCAACGCUCAGGGAUAGCAGGCUGGUGGAGUUCUGACGACAACCUGGACAGCGACAGCACCUACCGGACUCCCAGCAUCAUGAGCCGCCACCACGGAGAUCAUAUCACUCACUGUUACCCGGACACGGGCCAUGGGCACUUUGGCGACCUUUCGCUCAAGACCUCCAAGAGCAACAACGACGUGAAAUGUUCGGCGUGCGAGAGCAUCGCUAUGGCCCCCGAGGGCAAAUUUAUGAAGCGCAGCUCCUGGUCGACGCUGACUGUCAGCCAGGCUAAAGAAGCCUACCGGAAAUCUUCCCUCAACCUGGAGAAACCGUCCAUGCCUCAAGAUCUGAAGUCCUCCAUGAGGCCUUGUCAUUAUUUGCAGGUCCCUCAGGAUGAAUGGGGAGGGAGAGAUGAGGAGAUCCCAUGCAGAAGGAUGCGGAGCAGCAGUUACGUUAAAGCCAUGGGUGAUCAGGACAGCGGAGACUCCGACGGCAGCCCUAAAAACUCCCCGCAGAAAAGCGUGCGACCCGACGCUCUCGUCAAAUCCGUGCUGCAGAGACAACUUUCAGACCAGAGCUCAUACCGUUUGGACAAGUCAAGCCGAGACAUGGUCAAAUACCUCACCAAUAUCACUGCAGAUUUAAGUCAAAGCUACCAUCUCCAUACCUCUAGGGAAAUCCAUCCCAGCAUCACGCUGGAACCGUCUCCCAACUACAGCUCGCCGAAGUUCCGCUCCAGGAACCAGAGCUACAUGAGAGCGGUCAGCACCUUGAGCCAGGCCAGCUGCGUCAGCCAGGUCAGCCAGGUGAGCGAGACCGAGGUUAACGGCCAGUUUGAGUCGGUGUGUGAAUCCGUGUUCAGCGAGGUGGAGUCUCAAGCUAUGGAUGCUUUGGACCUGCCGGGCUGCUUCAGGACACGCAGCCACAGUUACCUACGAGCCAUCCAGGCCGGAUUUUCACAGGACGAUGACUGCGUCCCCUCCAUGACAUCAUCCACUGUCACCUCCACUAUCAGGUCCACCACAGAGGGAAAUGAUGUGCUGGAGGGCACUGGUUUGCUUAAUGAGGACAAUUUACCCAGCGAGGGCCCAGACUUAACCUCCAUGGCCCGUGGGAAUACGGGGCUCCGUGGGAGAGGAGAUGAUUCCAGCACCCUUUAUGGUAAUAGCUCACCUACCACGACUCCCUCGUUACCCCCGCUGAAAACGAACGCGCCCAUCAGGCCACGGCCUGUUCAAUCAAGUGUCCAGGAGACAGCGGAUCUGGCCCUGGCCAUCAGCCAGCAGUGGAGGGAGGAUGUGUCAGCCAUGCGUAAAGAGUUAGCCGAGCUCAGGAAGGAUCUGUGCACAGAGCUGCGAGCUUUCAACAGGAACUUUUCCACCUUUACACAACAUUACAGCACCUGGUCUCCGAACUGGGUGAGGGAAACCCAGACAGCUGCUCCUCAGGUGUCCGUCAGCACCCAGGCAGGAAGCAAGACCCUGGUGCGACAGAACACGGCGGACGCAGCGGUUAACUGCCCCUCACCGGUUGAUCCCAAUGUUUUAUCUAUGUCUCCCUCAGAACCUGCAGAUAAAAAUGUCCUGCAGGUCUCAGCCUCUUCACCGUUUUUUCAAACCGACCCCAACUCGGAAUUAGCAGACAUUGAUGAUCCUACUUUUGCGAAUCUUACUCCUCCAGAUCCUGUUGAUGUAGCGUCGCUUUGUUGGCCUGAUCUAGAUUCAGACUCAAUGACUCCUCCAGAUCCCCCAGAACCGGUGCCAGAGGUAGAACCGUAUUGCUUUACAAAGUCAUCCACUCCUGAGAACGUGGAAUCGGUUGUUUUAGACUUCACAAAUGUAGAACUAGUGAACCUGGCUAGCUUGCAGUGGCCUAAAUUGGAUCCGGAUGAUACUGGCUCUCCACUCCAGGAAUCUCUUGAUCGUCCCUCUCAAGAAUCUCCGGAAGAACUUGGUAUGUAUACACCGGAUCAUGGUAGCACGACUACACAGGAAGAGUCGGUUCUAGAAUCCAUGCAACCGUUGAUGCUGAAUCAUCCAGACGAAGAAUCAAUGGACUUAACUUCGCUAGAAAUGGACUCUGUUGUCCUGAGUCCAGUGACUCCAGAUUCUAUGAAUCUUCAAGACUUAAAAUGGCCAAGUUUAGAAUCUCUUGAGCUCAAUGUUUCUGGCUCUCAAAGCCCAUGUGCUGUAGAUCUAGGCCUGCCGAAUCCUCCGACCCCAGAAACUGUUUAUGAGUGUUCCUAUGAAGCCACAGUACAAGAACCACCCCUUCCAGAACUACUGGACACCAUUUAUCUCCAACCAGCCACUCCAGAGCCUGAAUCCCGAACAGAUUCUGACAUAUCAAACCCAGCAAGUCCUGAACCUCAUUUCCCUACUUGUCAAAAGCCAGGUGCACAUGAACUUGACACUCAGGCACUUGUUUUGUGGUCUAAAAAGGAGACAUUCAUGGGCAGUUCAGAAGAAGGUGGUGCCAUAAACAUCCCAGAGUCCUACUCCGAAGAAGAUAACGGCCUGAAUGUAGAUGCUUCUCCCCCUGUUAUAAAGUUCCCAAUCCAGCCAGACACUGUGGACUCAGCUCCCCUGGAGUCUGAGACUCUGUUCUCUGCCGUUCUGUGCUCAGUUGAGUCAGAUCCUGAAUUUACUAGCAUAGAUGAACCAGUGUCACAGGAGCUGAACCCACCUGGACUUGCUACCAUAGACCCAGCGACUGUGCACCCUUUUAAUUUAUCCCUGCUGGAGCUCCAGUCAGCUUUAGAUGUAUCUAAGAGUGAAACAAGCGAUAAUGGCUCACCAAAGGGAACAGCAGCCAUAAGCAGCCCUUCUCAUUCACCAUCCGGUAGGGAUUUCCUCUGGAUUCGGUGGCAGCGGAAAGCACGCGGGCGGCAGCCGAUGUCCCGGAGUGCCAGUAUGGAAAUUUACCACAAGAAAUACUCAAACAAUUCAGAGAUGUCCUAUAUGUCACUGUCACUCUGAGCUCUCCGAAAAGUGCAUGAAGCUACACGGGGUGUGCAAUAGAUAAUCACAUGUAAUAUUUACAGGCAGAAUAUGAGACUGUUAGGUUAUGUAGCAAGAUGUUUACAGGUUUGUGUCUCUCAAAUGUGUGUGUGUGAUUAUAGAAGAGAGAAUGAGAAGUAGAGAGUGUGAAAAGGGAACGGGGUAAGAGAUCGUUACAGUUGAAGCGUGGAUGAGGUUAUGAGAGAGGCUGUAGCUAAAAGCAGUCUGACGACAGCAAUGGCACUGCAUUAGUGUACUUCAGACAUUCAGCACCUAUUUUACACUGCAAAACUGGUGAGUCACCAUGAACUUCACUCUCCUCUCUAGGGACACUCUCUGGCUUUACAGAGACUCAAAUGUAUUUUAGUAAAUACUGUGAUUGUUUUUUGGCAGAGAACGAAGACUUACAGUCAAGACACUCUCUCCAAUGAACUCUAGAAACUACCGAGUAAACUGUAAAAUAAAUCUCUCUACAAACUGGUCUCGGAUCAACCAGAAAUUUGUACCAUGGUCAUGCUCUCCGAGAGUGGGUGGUAGGGCGAAUCCUUUUUCAGAUGGAUCGAGUCAGACUAUGAACUGGAUGUUGGCCAAAGACUACCUGAAACAACUGCAUAUCGCUUGGAUACAUUUUAUGGAUUUUGAUAAUCUUUUUUCUCUGAAUGUAAUGUAACAGUUGUUUCUCCGGUGUGAAUGAUGGAAUCCUUUAUUCCGUUUUACUCAAUGUCUUCAGAGCCAAAGUCUCACUGUAAAAGUGGAGGAAAAUUUAGUACUGUGAAAUUUUCAAAGACACAACGGCUAUGUUAUGAUACUCUGUGAAGUGACUGCUGUUUCUUUUCCUCGUUUUUGGUCAAAUCUAAUUCUGGUGGGAAAUAGGACGAAAACAUCAAAUGUGAUAUUUUUCUGGGUAUAUUUUCAUAUAUGGAAAUAUAUCAGAUGUUAAUAUUAAAUGGAUAUUUCUUAGAAUGACUUAUAUUUAAGGAAUUUGGGUAUAGAGGUUUGAAGCACUGCUGGUCUGCUGGGGUUACAUGAACAUACACUGAGCAUGUGGGUCAUUUUGAAGCUUAUUUAAACCUACAGGCCACAAAAUUGCAUAUGGGUUAGGAAUUAAAACUUGUGGUGUAAAUUGCACAUUAUUUGUACAGUUAACUCUAACCUUUUAAGCAAAAUUGAUCAUGGACAUAUUCACACUUGUUAUUAUAAACAAGAUAUAAGAUACCGUUAAUAUAAUCCUUAAUGCCCACAUAUAAUAUAUUCCCCAGUGAUAUUACUGUAAAUGUAUAGACUGUUGUAUACUGUGAUUUUUUUUUUUUUUUCUGCAAACUUAAACACACAGCUCUCUUAUUAACCACUAUGAGAGCUCCCCAUUUUUAAAAUGAGAUGCCAGUUCAUUUGUGCCGGUAGGGUUACUGAAAUUAUUUGAUGUCAGAUCACCAGUCGAUAUGUAUUAUUAUCCACUUUAUGUACAUACAUAUAUAUCAGGGUACUAAAGAAAACACUCUGACUAUCUCUAACAGUUAUGAUUUGAUGUAUCAAGAAAUGCAGUGCCAUGGCCUUGUAUCUGACAAUCAGAGGAAAUGUUGAAACCAGAUACAGUGGUGACAUUUAAUUAUUUGCAACAGUUUACAUCUAAUUGGUAUGACGGAGUCAUACUAAAACUGAAGUAGUUCCUUAAGUAGUCAAUGUAGUUGAGAUUGCGGGUUUACAUGAUUAUUAUUAGCAGUGAAUGUAUUUUUUAUCAAGUGGUUGUAGCUAAUGCAUCUUAUUAUAUUGAGACGUGUUCUUGUUUGUUUGUUUAUUUGGUUAUUUAUUUAAAACCUGGACUUUCAGAGCUCUCUGCAUUUUUGUUAGUCAGCCAGCCAACUGACAGACACUUACAGUGAGUUUUGAGAACAGUGCAAACAUCAGAUAGUUUUAAAACCUGUGUUUCCCUAGAAAUUAAACCUGGCGACAUAUCUCUAAUCUGUAAAUAUUUAGUGUUAAAAUGAAAAUCUUGGCUAAUUCCCAGUUCGCAUGCCUCUACUACUGUAUGUGUAGUCAUGAAAUGGUCUUAUUACAGCAUUAGAGAGCCAUUACAACCAAGUUAUUCUUGUGUAGCGCAAAAGGUUGUAAAAAUUAUUGACCUAAAAAGCACAGAACAUUCACUAGAUAAUUGUGACAUACUGUUUUCACUUAGUGUGAUUUGAGGGACUCCUUAUCUCACAUACUAUAAAAUAUGAAAAGCAUGCGUAUUGGGAUUUAGCCAUUGCUAACAGGUCUUCCUUUAUUCAUAACAGAGCUCUCAGGCCUUAUUUUACAGCAUUGUCCACACAUUGCCCUCUGCUGUGCUGGAGAGCUAUUUCUUGAGUAAUAAAAGUGGGUUUUACGUACAUAUCUAAAACAGACCCACAGGUGCUUAAAGUGCGGGACAAAACUGACUGUAGCAAAACAAAUAAACACAUAAAGAUUCUCACUGGUCCCAUACCCACUAUAUUAAGUCAUCGCAAGUCAUUUCAGCGAGCAGGAAAUACCUGACAGAGCAUUAUGGGUCAUUUAAGUGUAUUUCCUUGGGCAGAGGGGUUUUCUGGUUCUGUACAUUUUCAUUGGCUGCUUGUGCAUUGUGUGCCUUGUCUGGCUCAUGAAUGUGGGCGUUUAACCACCCAGCCUCAAUAUUGUUGUGCCACUGUGAAUUUAUUUGAUUUAUUUUCUUAAUGGCUUCAAAUUUUCAGAAUGAAAGCACUUUGACUGUAAGUAUUACCCACAGAGAUCUGAAGCCUGAAAAAUCAUGUGAAAAUAAGCCUCUUUAUCUCUGUGUAUCUUCACUUCUGUCAGCUGAUUGUUGUUUUUUUUCUGAGAUCAUCUUAAAUGUCUGCAAUCAUGAUGAUCUGUAACUAAGUGAAUGUUAUUAAUUUCAUUAAAUAAUAAAACGAGAACUUUUACAUCAGAGCUUCAACUGUUGUAGACCGUUGCAUGGUGGUCUCUGAACUAGGAGUGUUUAAACACUUUGUUGUAAGCUACAGUACCUCUCUCUUCUCAUUUCUCUUCACACACACAAGUACGCAUCCUUUUGUUUUCGCUGUACUGGUAA